CUCGCCGGAAAAUAGCCUCCUUCUCUCUCUAAAACGGCAUACUUGCCAGCGUUUCAAGCUCUGUUUUUUCUCAACAUCAGAGCUAACAUGGCUACGUCCUUGUUCUCUUCCCUUCUCUUCCUCUUCUCAUUCAUUCCAUUAUCCAUUGCAGAUUCUGGAUCUGUCGGUAUAAACUAUGGUCGGAUCGCGGACAACCUUCCGACGCCGGAGAAGGUGGUGGAGCUUCUGAAAACACAGGGCAUCCACAGAGUCAAGCUCUACGACACAGACAAGACCGUUUUAACGGCGCUCGCAAACUCCAGCAUCAAAGUCGUCGUUGCUCUUCCCAACGAGCUCCUCUCUUCCGCCGCCGCCGAUCAGUCCUUCGCCGACAAAUGGGUCGAAGCCAACAUCACCAAAUAUUAUCCUUCGACGGAGAUCGAAGCCAUCGCCGUCGGUAACGAGGUUUUCGUCGAUCCCAACAACACGACCGAGUUUCUCGUCCAGGCCAUGAAGAACGUCCACAGCUCUUUGGUGAAAUACGAUCUCGACCGUUCGAUCAAGGUCUCGUCGCCCAUAGCUCUUAGCUCGCUGGCAAGCUCGUACCCGCCGUCCGCCGGUUCGUUCAAAUCGGAUUUGGUCGAACCGGUUAUCAAACCGAUGCUCGAUCUCUUCCGCCAAACGUCGUCGUAUCUUAUGGUAAACGCCUACCCGUUCUUCGCGUACGCUGGGAACGCCGAAAAGAUCUCGUUAGAUUACGCUCUGUUCAGGGAGAAUCCCGGAAGUGUAGAUUCCGGUAAUGGAUUGAAGUAUAACAGCCUGUUCGAAGCCCAGAUCGACGCCGUUUUCGCCGCCAUGUCAGCAAUCGGAUACGACGACGUUAAGUUAACGGUAACGGAGACUGGAUGGCCGUCUGCCGGAGACGAGAACGAGGUCGGCGCUGGAGCGGCCAACGCGGCGGCGUAUAACGGGAAUUUAAUCAAGAGGGUGUUAACGGGGAACGGAACGCCGUUAAGGCCGAAGGACCCACUUAACGUCUACUUGUUCGCGCUGUUUAACGAGAACCAGAAACCUGGUCCCACGUCGGAGAGAAACUACGGGCUGUUUUACCCUAGCGAGGAGAAGGUGUACGACGUUCCGUUGGGGAUGGCGGGAGCCGGGUCCACGCCGGUCAACGAGAGCAAGGCGCAGGUUCCGACGACGGAGCGUGGCGUCCAAUCGCGGACGUGGUGCGUUGCGAACGGGAAGUUGGGGGAGGAGAAGCUGCAGAAGGCGCUCGAUUACGCCUGCGGCGAAGGAGGGGCUGACUGCCGUCCGAUUCAACCGGGUGCCACGUGUUACGAUCCUAACACGUUGGAGGCCCACGCAUCGUACGCUUUCAACAGUUACUAUCAGAAGAACGCACGUGGAGUCGGCACGUGUGACUUUGGUGGUUCGGCGUACGUGGUCACGCAACCUCCGAGAUUCGGGAAGUGCGAGUUUCCGACGGGACACUGAGUCGGAUGACGAGGAAUCUGGCGAAUUUCAUUGGCAUUUAUUUUUUCCCUGGUAGAUACGUGUUUAGGUGUAUAAUAUAUAUAUAUAUAUAUAUAUAUAUUAUAUAUAUUGUUAUUGUCACUGUUUUGUCAUAUGUAUUGACAGGACAGAAUCUUGUUAGACGCCAGUUUGUAACAAGAUGGGUUUUUGAGUGAUUGUGCUUCCUAAUUGUCAUAUGUAUGUCCGUACAGAUUUUUUUUUAAACAUAAGGGACGUAAUUUAGAAUCUUAUGGUCAGCGGCGUCAAUGUCAGGUAUGGCCGUAAAAUUGAUCAUGUACUGAAGUAAUCCGCACGUAACAAGACUUUAGCUUCAAAAGAGA